ACGUGAGUGAUUGUCAAUGUUCUCAUGUCCAUCAAUGACACCUAAGCCCUGAAUGUUUUCAACUAAUUAAAUUAAAUAAAAACCUUAAUUGCACCUAAAACCUUGACCUCCAGUCAGAGUUUCAUCAAUUGAUUGGUCGUCAUAAAUGUGUCACCAGAUGGUUUGAUAACAGUCUCUGUAGAACCCCCUCAAAGUCCUAACCUGCAAAAGGCCCCCAUUCAUCAUGUCAGGCCAUCCGAAUGCGGCCUACAGCAAAAUCCAAAAGGUCAAAAGGGGCUCCUUGAAUCGCCCCCAAAGCGCCGCCAUCAUGGACAGUGACUUUUCCACGGGCUUCAAGAGCGACAUUGAAAACGACUCAAUUUCGCUGGCCUACAAAGCCCGACUGCAUGCACUGUUCUCCCAAAUUGAGCGCGAGUUCGAUUUGCUCUAUCAAGAAAACCAGAACCUGCAGGACAAGAUUGAAGUACUCAACGAGAAGCUGGAAAAGGACACCUUUGAUAAGCCGGACUGUCCAGACUUUGAGAGCAAUUUUUCCAAGGUGCUCACUAAGAAACUCAGCUCAUCCUCGCAGAAGUCGAAGACUGCUCACAAAUUGAAGGCGCAAACUAGCAAGAUCGUGUCCAGCUUCAAAGCCCCCCAGUACAGUUGCAGUCUGCUUAAAGAGUACGUGGGGCAUAAAGAUGGGGUUUGGGAGGUAUCAGUGGCUAGGCCAGGGGUCCCAAUAAUUGGAACUGCUUCAGCAGAUCAUACAGCCUGCAUCUGGAGCAUUGAGUCAACCAGAUGCCUGCUCCAGUACCAAGGCCAUUCGGGCUCAGUGAAUUCCAUCAGGUUUCACCCGGCUAAGGACCUGGUCUUGACUGGGGGCGGCGAUGGAGUGGCGCAUAUCUGGCAAGCGGCCCUCAAUUGGGACCUACCUAAGGGGCACUCUUCGGAAGAAGAGCUAGAAGAAGGUAGCGAGCAAUUGGUACCGGGCGAUGACUCCUCGGAAAUGGUGGCUCAGCAAAGGGGCUCCUAUUUGAGGACCCCAGUAGGGGAACUGAGUGGGCAUUCCGGUGCUGUGGCCGCAGCCGAGUGGCUGGCCGGAGCUGAGCUGGCCAUCACAGCUUCUUGGGACCGGCUGGCUAUUCUGCAUGAUGUGGAGACCUGCACUCAGCUGUUGACUCUCGCAGGACACGAUCAAGAGUUGACGCACACCGCCAGCCAUCCAACACAGAAAUUGGCGGUGACUUCGUCCAGAGACACCACGUUUCGCCUGUGGGACUUCCGGGAAGCGGUCCAUGCUGUGUCGGUGUUUCAGGGGCAUACCGAAAGCGUCACUUCGUCGGUAUUUGCGCGGGAGGACAAAGUGGUGUCCAGCUCAGACGACCGCAGCGUCAAAGUGUGGGAUCUCCGGAAUAUGAGAUCCCCAGUGGCCACCAUCCGAGUGGACUCGGCGGUUAAUCGCCUCUCGGUCUCGGCCAAUGGCGUGAUUGCAAUUCCUCACGAUAACCGCCAUAUUCGCCUGUACGAUCUAUCAGGAGUGAGGUUGGCUAGAUUGCCCAGAUCUAGUCGCCAAGGCCACAACCGGAUGGUUGCUUGCACGGCCUGGUCAGACGAGAUGCUCAGUGGCGUCAAUUUGUACACGUGCGGGUUCGAUAGAAGGGUUCUGGGAUGGUCGGUCAUUUCUUUGAAGGAUAUGUAAGGCCCUGUUGUAGGGCCACUUGUGAUAUAUCUUCGAUUUUAUUCUACGGGGUGUCCUCAGAAGGAUGGCCCGAGGCAAAGUAUGGUAGUUUAAUGGCUUGGAAAUGUUGCCCGAGCCAACUUUAUGAGCACACUCUGUAUAGCGGGUGUUUCAAGUUCCAGUAGUAGGCAUUUAACCCAAACAGGUCAAUCAAAUCUCUUUCGGUUGCGAGAGUGUUUUUUAACUCAAAUUGAGAAACACCCUGUAUAUGGACAGGGUGUUCCGUAAAUAUGUUUAAAUAUUUUAACAGC